ACAUCGCGCCGCAAAUUUAUCGUCGGCAACCCGAUGACAACACGAUCUACGCUUUCGACACGACGGACAGCGUUAAUCUGAACGGGUCGGUUGUCAGAUAUUGGAAACGUUUGAGUCGGUAUAAACUAUUUGUCACCAAGAAACUACAUUUCCGCGCAUGCUCCGCGCUCUCCCCGAAGGCUUCGAGGAAAGCGCAACGCGCAUGCGCAGCCAGACGUGGCAGCGGCAUCAUGGCUUCUUGGAUCCGAAACCGGAGACGCAGGAGCGAGCUUGAAAUGUAUAUAUUCUUAUGUGCGGUUGUGGUUGUGUCCACACUGCAGGCAGUGAAAGUGUCCCCGUUAAUAGAGAGAGUCAGUGACCAUAAGGAUUUCAAAAAGCUGCUCAGGACCAGAACCAAUGUCCUUGUUCUAUACACUAAGUCGGCUACAUCUGCAGAUGUUCAACUGAAGCUACUGUCUGAUGUAGCCCACGCAGUGAAAGGCCAAGGAACCAUCGCCUGGGUGAACUGUGGGGAUUCUGAGGGUCGCAAACUCUGUAAGAAGGUGAAAGUGGAUCCAAGUUCAAAGACAGCUGGAUUUGAAAUCCUCCAUUAUAAAGAUGGGACCUUUCAUACAGAAUACAACAGACCAGCCACGCUUAAGUCUAUGGUAGCAUUCCUGAAAGAUCCCACAGGUGCCCCCCUAUGGGAGGAGAACCCUGAAGCGAAAGACGUCGUUCACAUCGAGACAGAGAAAGAGUUUAAGAAGCUGCUGAAAAGAGAGGAGAAACCCAUCCUCAUGAUGUUUUAUGCCCCUUGGUGUGGUGUGUGUAAGAGGAUGCAGCCCAUCUUUCAACAAGCUGCCACAGAGACGAAAGGGAAAUAUGUAUUGGCAGGAAUGAACGUCCACCCAGCGGAGUUUGAUGGACUUAAGCAGGAGUUUGACGUCAAAGGCUACCCAACCUUCUGCUACUUCGAGAAGGGAAAGUUCCUGCAUCACUAUGAGAACUACGGAGCCACAGCCAAGGACAUUGCAGAAUGGCUUAAAAACCCACAGCCUCCUCAGCCCAAGACCCCUGAGGUACCAUGGGCAGAUUCAGACUCCGCUGUCUUUCAUCUCACUGAUGAAUCCUUUGACAUGUUUCUGGAGGAACAUCCCUCAGCCCUGGUUAUGUUUUAUGCUCCCUGGUGCGGCCAUUGUAAGAAGAUGAAGCCUGAAUAUGAUGAAGCAGCUGAGUUCCUCAACAAAGAGGCGGAUAGCCCAGGUGUAUUAGCAGCAGUGGACGCCACCAUCCAUAAAUCUGUGGCCGAGCGCUUUAAGAUUUCAGGCUUCCCUACUGUGAAGUACUUUGAGCAGGGAGAGGACAAGUACACUUUACCACAGCUACGGACCAAAGACAAGAUCAUCGAGUGGCUGCAGAAUCCUCAGGCUCCCCCUCCUCCUGAGCAGUCAUGGGAGGAGAAGCCAUCCAGCGUGAGUCACCUCGGGGCCGAGGACUUCAGGGAAGCUCUCAAGAAGAAAAAGCACGCCCUGGUCAUGUUCUAUGCUCCCUGGUGCCCGCACUGUAAGAAUGCUGUCCCCCACUUCAUUACAGCUGCUGAGACUUUCAAAGAGGACCGCAAGAUUGUGUAUGCUGCUGUGGAUUGCACCAAAGGUCAGAACCAUGAGCUGUGUAAGCAGGAGGGUGUAGAAGGCUAUCCAACCUUUAACUACUACAAUUAUGGCAAAUACAGUGAAAAAUACAAUGGCGAGAGAGGGGAGGCCGGCUUCACCGGGUUUAUGCGAAGCCUAAGAGGGCGAGACCAAGAGAAGGUCGGGAAGCGAAAAGAGGAGCUCUAAAAAUGUGGGUGUGGCUGUAAACAGGGGAGGAGUCUGUCAUUGCACUGUGACUGGGCAGGAACCUUCUAGCACUGAUGCCACAUGUUAAAACCUCAGCUUAGAGUGGAUAUUUUUAUACAGCCUUAUGUUUGUAAUACCAAUGUUCAGCCACAAGACCACUCAAGACUUGGCUUUGUUGUUGUUGUUGUUUUUUCCCCUUCAUGCACAUUUUGUGACAAGAACAAUUACUCCCAAAUACUGUGACAGUUAAUCAAACUACAUCUUAAAUCUAUGCAAUACUGAACACUCAUUCUACAGCUCUAAGUGUCCGGUGGCUUCAGGGUGAAAGCGGACACUUCAGCUACUUUACAUAAGUCACCCAAAGUUCUCCUUGAUGCUGACAGAGUCUCCCUUAUUCUCACCAUUCCUACCUUUGUAAAGAGGACCCAUACUGUAUACAAUCACGUUUGAGUAUUUUUGUACAAAAAAAGAAUCAAAUACAUCCUGGACUAGGAAGACAAUAGAAGAAAAAAGAAAACGUAGCUCGAAUUUGUGGCCUUAAAUGUUUGAAUAUGUUUUCUUCAAGUGGUGCAGUGCACCCUGGAUUAUUCCAGAGACUUAGUGGGGCCAAAAUACAACAGAGCUUAGAAGAAAUUGUAUGGUAAAGCUGGUUGCUUCUUUGUUUUAUGUAUUAUUCUGUGUGAUUGAUUGAUAGCUGCGGAGGAAAACUAAAACAUGCCAAAAGGAUCAUUUAGUCGUAAAGGAUAAACUGAGCGCAAAUUAGUCAUUUUUUGUUUGUUUGUUUGUUUAUCUCUGAUCAUUAGUAUUCAUAUUAAAAUCAAGAGCCCUAUUAAAAACAUUGUAGUGCAGCCCCAUUGUGAAUGCUUGUACUGCAUAGUAAAUAGCAUAUAGAUGUUACGGUCAGUGCAGGAAUCGCGUAAAUACAUUUCUCUUUUUUUUUUCUUCAUCUUUUUAAGGCAGUUGUCUGAUUAAUUAAUUCAGGUUUAAUAGCAAUUCGGACUGGUGUAGGGGCAUACUGAUAAGCCCUCACUUUUUUUAUUGGCUAUUUAUCGCAACAAAUGGAGCAAGUAUGAAUGACAGCCUUCACGUCCAUAUUAUGCAACACGUAUAAUAUUUAUUUUACACUAUUUUAAUAGGAAAUUUUUGUAAGCUCCUCUUGAUUUUUCCCUCAAAAGGGAGUACAAAAGGAGUAUACCAUUUUUUAUUAAUAACAAUAAAAAGAGAAGAAAAAAUCUCUUUCUUCUUGUUUAAUAGAAAUGCACUCAUUCAUUCAACCAGUGUGGCAGUGAAGGUUCUGAAAAGCAAUCUUAUUCAUUCAUCAUUCCAGGACCAUUGCAUUGUAUCAUUAUACUCUCCGAGGUAACUUUGCUACUGUGUUGGGAACACUCUGAUUAUGGCAGUAUACAUAUUUAAUACGCUUAUCUGUAGCUAAACAUGUUUUAUUAUUCAAGAGAUUGAUUCUUUUCAUUCUGCAUAACGUUCUCAGGGAUAGCAAAACACAUUUUAGCUGGGUACUUGGAGCUUGGGUUACUGAAUUCUGAAUUGUUUACAUUUGUUUGUGGGAGAUUGUUAAUGACUGGAUUCAGUUUGAAAUGUUUGGGCAAAUUAUGUCAGAAAGUAUUCACUUGAUUGAGCCAAAGGAUAGCUCAAAAAUAAAAAGAAUUUAAAAAACGUCACAAGUGCUACAUUUAUAUCACUUAUUGAAACUGUAGCCAAAAGGUAAAGACAGCUUCUUUUAACUUGGUUCUAAAUAUGUAGGGGGUUUUGUUUGUUUUUGUUUUUUUACUUUUUUGUUGUUGUUUUUGCAUUAACCAUAAAAAGAAUGCUCACCAGUGUAUUCGUUUUCCCCUCAUUUUGUGGUUCUUUACCUAAGCAUUUGUCUGUUGAAGGAAAUCUUGCUUUGUCUUCUCCCAAAGUUCUCCAUGUCACAUUGAUGCCAAGAAGUCACUUUCACCUGUCUUUCAUUCAUACCCCAGCCAUAUGUACAGUUUUGUCCCUGUGAAUAAACACAUUGCAAAAUAAAGAGGCAAACAUUUUGAAGACA